AUGCGCGCCUACUACCUUGUGAGCGCUUGUCUGCUCGCUGUCAUGCUCGCCAGCGCCUCUGCCACCUUGGCACCUCUGCACAUGGCCUUCGAUAACCAGAAGGUCCAGAACGAGUACAUCGUCGUCAUGAAGCCUGACAUGCUUCACACUCAGUUCAAUGCCUACGUCGGAGACAUCAAGGCCAUGUUCGCCAACCAGGUCAGCGGCGACAUCAUCAACGCGUGGAACGUGGGCAACUCCUUCCGUGCUCUGCACGUCAAGACCUCCCCCGAUGACAUUCACUUCUUCCGCACCCACCCGGCCGUGGAGCUCAUCGAGGAGAACCAGGUCUUCCACAUCUCGUCGGCCUACAAGACCGCCAACUGCCAGCGUCAGGACAGCGCCAUCUGGAACUUGCAGAGGAUCAACACUCACCCCAUCACCGGCAUGGACGGCGACUACUCCUACAACCAGGAGGCCAGCGACGUCGACGCCUACAUCAUUGACACUGGUAUCUUGACCACCCACCAGGAGUUCCAGGGCCGUGCUAUCUGGGGCGCCAACUUCGCCGACGCCAAGGACACCGACUGCAACGGCCACGGCACUCACGUCGCCGGCACCGUCGGCGGCCACACUGUGGGCAUUGCCCGCGGCGUCACCCUGAUCGCCGUCAAGGUCCUCGACUGCGGCGGUAGCGGCACCACGGCCGGCGUCAUCUCCGGCAUCCAGUGGGCCGGUGAGAAUGCCCGCAAGCGCGGCCGCAGGUCGGUGGCCAACAUGUCCCUCGGCGGCGGCUACUCGGCCACCCUCAACCGCGCCGUUGCCUCCGUGGUCGACGCUGGCGUGCCCUUCGCCGUCGCCGCCGGUAACGAGGACCAGAACGCGUGCAACACCAGCCCGGCCUCGGAGGCCAAGGCCAUCACCGUGGGCGCCACCUACUUCAAGGGCAACUACACCCAGGACACCCGCGCCUACUUCUCCAACUGGGGCACCUGCGUCGACAUCCUGGCGCCCGGCCAGUCGAUCAAGUCGGCCUGGAUCGGCUCCAACAGCGCCUACAACACCAUCUCCGGCACCUCGAUGGCCUCGCCCCACGUGUGCGGCGUGGCCGCGCUGGUCUACGGCGCCAACCCGUCCUACACGGCCGAGCAGGUCAAGCAGCAGAUCCUCCAGGACACCACUGCCGGCGUGGUCGAGCUCGACUGCACCAAGAGCGGCUGCUCGAGCACCCCCAACAAGAUGCUCUACACCGCCAGGUGCUAA